CUUGAUUGUCACAACAACAUAAUAAGGUAGGACUGUUUUAAUUGUGGAUGGGAAGUCUGGCACCUUUUGUUUCUUCAUUUUUGUUAUCGCGACUCUGUACGCGAGCAUCACCACUCGCUCGACCUGGCCGCCCUUCAUUCUUGACCCCACUGUCCUUGUUUUGUCCCUCAUUGAGACCCUUGUAUUCAAACUCAUUGUCCUUAAAUCCUGCACUGGCGCCCCAAGCCAGAUUCUUUGCCCUCACUGCAAACAACAACAAGAUGGAUUCCGAUGCGUCCAUGUUCAGUCUUGGGGAGGAGUCAGAUGGCUAUGUCCCUGAAACCAAGGCGAAACCCAAAGCCGCACCAAAGAAGGCUGCUGCGCGGCCGCCCGUCAAAAAGAUGGUGCAAACAACCCUUAAAACGAAGAGCGCGCCCAGAAAGCGCCCAACACCGGAGAGCGAUGACGAUGAUAUAAGCAUUGCCUCAGGUUUCUCAAACACACCUCCCAAAGCUAAGAAGCAAAAGAAGGAACCUGCAGUCAGCAAGUCUUCUGGUGCGCCCUUGGAGGAGCUUGAGAAUGAUAGCAUGGUAAUUGACAGCCCCGCCAAACCUGGCAAGAAGAAGACGGCCACCGAAAUGUACACGAAGCUGUCACAACUAGAGCACAUCCUCAAGCGACCUGAUACAUACAUCGGUUCUGUUGAGAGAACGGAACAACAGAUGUGGGUUCUGAACAAAGAGACCCAGUUGAUGGAGUACAAGAACGUCAGCUUUGUCCCUGGUCUUUACAAGAUUUUUGACGAAAUCUUGGUCAACGCUGCCGACAACAAGCAGCGCGAUGGCUCCAUGACUUACAUGAAGAUCAAUAUCGAUCGUGAGAACGGUGUGAUCAGCGUCGAAAACAACGGAAAGGGUAUUCCUAUUGUUAUUCACGAAAAGGAGAAGAUCUACAUUCCUGAGCUUAUCUUCGGACAUCUGUUGGCGGGUUCCAACUUCGACGACGACGAGAAGAAAACCGUUGGUGGUCGCAACGGUUACGGUGCCAAGCUGUGUAACGUCUUCAGCACUGAAUUCAACCUUGAAUGCCAAGACAGUGAGCACGGCAAGAGGUACAAACAGACCUGGAGAAACAACAUGCAGACGAUGGAGAAGGCCAAAAUCACCAGCAGCAAAACCUCAGACUUCACCCGAGUAACCUUUAAGCCCGACUUCAAGCGUUUUGGUAUGGAAGAUGGCAUCGAUGAUGAUCUCGAGUCUCUCCUUCACCGUAGAGUUUACGACAUGGUGGGCACGAUCCGAGGAAUCAAGGUUUUCCUUAACGGCGAGCAAAUUAAGAUCAAGGAUUUCAAGGCCUACUGUGAUCUCUAUGCCAAGUCCAUCGCCAAGGAGAGAAGCACAGAAGAGGGAGGCGCUCCGACCUGUACUGUUGAGAUGGAUAAGGACAAGUCGCAUCCUCGAUGGGAGGUUGGUUUCGCUGUUUCUGAUGGUACUUUUCAACAAGUUUCCUUCGUCAACUCGAUCGCCACAACAAGCGGAGGCACUCAUGUCAACUACAUCGCCGACCAGGUCACUGAAGCUCUUCUCAAGGCUUUGAACAAGAAGCGCAAGGGUCAUGCUCUGAAGCAGAGUCACCUGAAGAAUCAUAUCUUCAUCUUUGUCAACUGUUACAUCAACAAUCCAGCUUUUACUUCGCAAACAAAGGAGCAGAUGACUACCAAGCCGAGCCAGUUUGGUAGCAAAUGCAAACUGGGUGAAGACUUCCUUAAGAAGAUCGCAAAAUCCGAUGCCCUUCAAAAUAUCUUGGAUUUUGCUGAGAAGAAGGCCGACAAGAUGUUGGCCAAGGGUGAUGGAAACAAACGAAGCCGAGUCAACAACGCAAAGCUCGUCGAAGCCAACUUUGCUGGCACCAGAAGAGGUCACGAAUGCACUCUGAUCUUGACAGAAGGUGACUCUGCCAAAGGUUUGGCAGUUUCUGGUCGUGCCAUUCUCGACCCUGACCGCAUUGGUGUUUUCCCGCUUCGUGGAAAGCUUCUUAAUGUGCGAGACGCUUCAGUUGACCAAAUUAUGAAGAACGCUGAAAUUCAGAACAUUAAACAGUUCCUGGGUCUCAAGCACAAGCAGACGUACACGGACACGAAGAAUCUUAGAUAUGGUCAUUUGAUGAUCAUGGCUGAUCAGGAUCACGACGGUAGUCAUAUCAAGGGACUUCUUAUCAACUUCCUUCAGGUUCAAUUUCCAUCGCUUCUCAAAAUCCCUGACUUCUUCCGAGAGUUCAUCACACCUAUUGUCAAAGUUUGGCAGGGUCCCAACCCCAAGAAGCCCCAGCGAUUAAAGUCAUUCUUCACACAGCCUGAAUAUGAGGAGUGGAAGGAAGAUCACAAAAACGAACUCACUCGAUGGCACUCCAAAUACUUCAAGGGUCUGGGAACAAGCUCCAACGAAGACGCACAAGUCUAUUUCACCAACCUCGAUGACCACUUGAAGGAAUUUGACACCAUGAAGCCAGAGGAAGCUGACCUACUGGAGCUGGCUUUCUCCAAGAAGAAAGCAGAUGCCAGAAAGGAGUGGCUUGGUAAUUUCGUGCCGGGCACAUACCUUGAUCACUCAACCAAGUCAAUCACGUAUUCCGACUUUAUCAAUAGAGAACUUAUUCUCUUCAGUAUGGCUGAUAACAUGCGAUCCAUCCCGUCCGUGCUGGAUGGCUUCAAGCCUGGUCAGCGUAAGGUCAUAUAUGCCUGCUUCAAGAGAAACCUGGUCAAAGAUAAGAAGGUCGUUGAAUUGGCUGGUUAUGUCUCUGAGCAGACUGCCUACCAUCACGGUGAACAGUCUCUCCAACAGACUAUCAUUGGCCUGGCCCAGAACUUCGUCGGUUCAAACAACAUCAACUGUCUGGAACCCAGUGGAAACUUCGGUUCUCGACUUGCCGGUGGAUCUGAUGCUGCCAGUCCUCGUUACACCUUCACUCGUCUGUCUCCAUUCGCCCGCAAGAUCUUCCACCCCAUGGAUGAGCCAAACUUGAUGCAUCAUUAUGAAGACGGCAAGAAAAUCGAGCCAAUGGUGUAUGCUCCAAUCAUCCCCAUGGUUCUGGUAAACGGUGCCGAUGGCAUUGGUACAGGUUGGAGCACUUCCAUUCCCAACUAUCACCCGAUGGAUAUUGUCAAAAACCUGAAGCGUCGAAUGGGUCGCUUGGACGAUAACGAUCUUGAGGAAAGGCCCUUCGAAACCAUGAUGCCCUGGUUCCGUGGCUGGAAGGGUACACCCGAAGUUGCUGGCCCUGACCGGUACAAGUUCAAUGGUAUUGCCUAUCACAACGAACAGAAGGAUAACGAAGUUGUCAUCACCGAAUUGCCUAUUCGUAUGUGGACCGACGAUUUCAAGGGCAAACUGGAGAAGAUUAUCGCCGGUGUCGAUGGCCCAGCUUGGAUCAAGGAUUACAAGGAAUUCAACGAUCACAGCACUGUUCACUUUGAGAUCGCUGUGGAUGAUAAGCACAUGGGCAAGGUCCUUGAAGAAGGCGUCCUCGAGCGCUUCAAGCUGACCAAGCAGGUCGCCACCUCCAAUUUGGUUGCUUUCGAUACCCGAGGCAUGAUUCGCAAGUACGAGAAGGUGGAGGAUAUCCUUGAGGAGUUCUAUCUAUACCGUCUCGACAUGUAUACUGACCGAAAAAAACAUUGGUUAGGCGUAUUCCAUGCAGACUAUCGCAAGCUCAAGAACCAAGCCCGAUUCAUCAAAGAAAUCAUAGAUGGACAACUUGUGGUUGGCAAGAAGAAGAAGACCGUGCUGGUUCAAGAACUUCGAGAUUGUGAUUACGAGGCUUUCCCCCCUGGGGGUGAGAAGAAGAAGACCGCAGAUGAAGAAGAUGAUGAUGCCGAUGAGAACCAGGACGUGGAUGGUGAUUUGGAGGGUGGUGCUCGCGACUAUGACUACCUCCUCUCGAUGCCCAUCUGGUCCCUGACAGCUGAGCGUCUCGAGAAGCUCAAGCAAGCUAUCGAGAAGAAGAAGGCUGAGCACGAUGAACUCCUUGCCCUCAGUGAGAAGGAUCUCUGGUGUCGCGACCUUGAUGACUUCAUGGCCGAAUGGGAAACUCAGCUUGCAGUUGAUGCUGAGAUCAAGACGAGCAUCCGACGCUUGGGCCGCCGCGUUUCUAAAAAGAUAGGUGCUGGCACCGCUCGUGGCCGCAAAGUCAAGGAUGACGACGAGUAUGAGCCUGACAAGAAGGGCCGCGGAAGGCCAAAGGCUGCAGCGUCAAAGGCGACCGUUAAAACAGCGCCCAAGGUAGAGACCAAGAGUGCUCAGCGGUUUGCUGAGAUGUUCAGCUCCAAGCCAAAGGUCAAGAAGGAACCCAGUGCUGAUGUUAUGGAGCUGUCGGAUCUUUCUGACGAUGACUACGCCGCUCUCAGCCGCAGCAAAUCAUCCGCACCUGCGAUCAAGACCUCCCAGUCACCUCCAACUGAGGCACCGGAGAAUCCACGGGUCAAACGAGCGGCGGCAUCCAAGGUCAAGACAAUUAUCGAUGAUGACUCCGAGAGUGACGAUGAUCAGAUGCUUGGUGAUGUUGGCGCCUUGGUCAAGGGCAUCGAUAAGCCAGCUGGUGACCGCGAAAGGGGCAGGUUUAGUCUACAUGCCAUGAGCCGGCCAGACUCUAGCCAGGGCAACGCCAGCGUGAGCGGACUUUCCAAGUCGAGGCCCAAAUCAGCCAAGGCUUUCGACUUUGAUGACGACAGUCCUGACGAUACCAACUAUGAGCUUCUCGCCAAGUCGUCGCCACACAAGACGGCCACCAAGGAUGAUCAUAUAGACAGCUUCCUUUCUGACGAUGAGCCUUUUGUUGCUCCAUCCAAGUCAGCUGCGACCAAGUCUAAGCCUACCAGCACGGACUCCGAAGACCCAACACCGGCCGGUCUUGCUACUGUGAAGAAGGGUCGUGGUCGUCCCGCUGGCGCGAAGAGCAAAGAGCCAGCGAAGCCAAAGGCUGCUCCAAAAGCAACCAAGACAGCUGCAUCAAAGGUUGCUUCGCGUCCAGCAACUAAACAGACCACUCUAUCGCCAGCAGCAAAGGCUUACGCUGCCAAAAAGGCUGUCAAGAAAUCUGUCCUCGACGACGAUUCAGAUGAGGAUAUGGCUGACCCAGACUCGCCCCCUCCUAAGGCUUCCUCAAGAGUGAGACCAGGACGUGCCGCUGCUUCGAGACGACCGAUCGUUGUUGACGACGACUCAUCGGUCAUGCAGCAAGAUGAUGAGAGUGACGACCCUUUCGAGGUCGACGAUGAUGAGGAUUAGACUAUUCGAGCUGUAAUUGAGCCCAUGAAAGGAACGGAGUACUGGUUGUUCUAGAACCACCGCAGCCAGGUUCUUUGCUGUAAUUUCUUGUUGCUGAGUAGAAACAUUGUGUGGUAACCACUUCAAGCGAAGGGCAUAUUGAUGGAGAGGGAGGUUUGGAGUCUGGGCGUCAACGGAUGUGAGGCAUUUGCUAUCUGGGGCCUCGGCGUGGUUUUUACUCGAUAUCCGCAUAUGAAUAGCAUUUCACUUUCUUCAUGUUAGCUUGUACA